CUCUCUCGCUCUCGUUGUCUUCCUUUUCCUGGAACCGGCGUCAGAAACUCAAAAUUAGACAAGUUAACUGUUAGCGUGAGAUCUGUCCGCGCCCCCGUCCUCAUUUCCGACUCCCGCCUCCUACCAACCCGUCCUCAUCCGUGUUCGUCGAGUGUUAUGUUUCUCUUCGUAACCAAAGUCAAUCAACAGAAGAGCAGCCUUAUAUAGCCAAAUGGCUGUGGAGAGAGAUAUCUUUGGUAUCUCAGGGCCGACAUAUCUGAAUCCUGUUAACUGGAACUGCGAAGAUAACAGGAGAUCUGUGGCUGCAUGCUUAGUUCAGGCUGUAUAUAUUCUGGAGAGGGACCGGCAACUAGAACGUCAAUCUGUUGAAGCCUUGGCGCCUCCUUGGUGGGAGUUCUUCCAUUUUGAGAUGAUCCGCAGGCUUGUCGAUGAUGCUGACUUGUCUAUAUUUGGUGCAAUAUUUGAAUUCAAUCCUCCUUCAAGUAUAGAAGCUUCUACCCAAAAUGCGCCUAGAUUUGUCCUUGCGAUCAGAGGCACUAUAACCGAGAAGGAAACCAUCUCCAGAGAUCUUUCCCUUGACCUCCACCUUGUUCAGAAUGGCCUCCAUAGGACCUCAAGAUUCACAAUUGCGAUGCAAGCUGUUCAAAACAUAGCCUCAGUCUUCCCUGGGUCCACAAUCUGGCUAGCAGGUCACUCCCUGGGUGCAGGUAUGGCCAUCCUUACUGGAAGAAACAUGGUUAAGAAGGGCGCACUUUUGGAAAGCUUUCUCUUCAAUCCACCUUUUGUCGCCGCUCCGAUAGAGAGAAUCAAGGAUGAGAGAGUAAAACACGGUUUCCGCAUUGCAAGAAGCGUAAUUACCGCCGGCCUAACUAUUGCAAUGAAAGCGAAAACUGAGGGGAACAACCAGAGGUCUGUUGCAGAAGAAUCUUUCAAUAUUCUGUCAUCAUGGACGCCAUAUCUGUUUGUCAAUCCAGGAGACCAUAUAUGUUCAGAAUACAUCGGGUAUUUCCAGCAUCGGAAGAACAUGGAGGAUCUCGGCGCUGGAUUUAUCGAGAAGCUCGCCACACAGAAUUCAAUUGGAGACCUGUUCUACAAGGCAUUAGGGUGGGAAUCAGAACCACUGCACCUUCUUCCAUCUGCAGACUUGAUUGUCAACGUGAGCCCUUCACCGGACUUCAAAUAUGCUCAUGGCAUCAGCCAGUGGUGGCAACCUGAGCUGAACCUGCAAUGCAAUAAAUAUCGGUACGCUUAGGUCCGUGAUAUUGGAAAUGUUGUUGUCUCAACAGUACCAUAGCUGCCUUUCGGAUCUCUCCAUUUGUUCAUAAGGUUCAUUCAAUUUAUAUGUUUUGGUUGAUAUACAUACUUUGGUAGAUUGUUUAAGCCCUAUUACUGACGGCUGCGUCAAAUCUGUUGAUAUUUGAAACAAAAUGAUGGCCGUCUGUAGUUGGCUUGCCUGUGGUUCUGAACCUAGAUUUGAAGUUGGUCA